AGACAACAAGCCAAAAGAAAAUUACAACAACUUACAUCUAUAACAUCAUCAACUGAUUCUAUUAUUCUUGAAAAUUUGCAAGAAAUAGUUAAUUAUUAUUAUCAUCACUGUAAUUUUAAGGAUCAACAAAAUUAUUUUUAUAAGCAAUCAAUUGAACUUGAGACUGGAAAUAAUUUUUUCGAAAAAACUCAAGUAUCUGUUCUCAGAUUUGCAGUACAUUAUUGUGAAUCUGAUCAAAGCUUAUAUACACAAUAUUUUGAUUACUUUUCUGAUGUUUUAAGUCAUGACAGUUGCG